UCGCCAUCACUGCCCUUCUGGAUGGGCUUGCUAGCUUUUCUGGUCGAAUUUAUCCUGUAGUACCGGCUUCCUUUACAUAGAUCUAUAUACAUAUAACUGUACACAUAGCUGGAUCCAGGUGUGGACCGUGCGGCGACAUGGCAGCUAGGAUUUUUCCAGUAGUCAAGUUGGCCACAAAAGUGGGUAUUGCUGGAGGGGCAGUGUACGUGGCCUACGAUUCAGGACUCCUCAGUGGCAGUGCUGAUGGUGCUGAGGCUCUAAGCAAAGCCAAAGCAGUCAUUCCACCUGCUGUGGAAGAAUGGUCUAAAUACUUUGGUUUGGAGCUUCCAGCUGCACCCAAAAUCGAGUUUUCCCCAGGUGAUGCUUGGAAUUCAGGAGUCCGGAAGUCCAUCCAUGCUUUAUCGGUUGCCCCGACUGUGCUGUGCGAGUACAGCAGUCAAGGCAUGCAGUAUGUUAAAGAACUUUUUAAAUGAACAUUUGGUUCUUCAUGCAUAUAGUUGACUGUAAUUGCGAUUCCUGUGUGUAAGCUGAACAUCGAAUAUUGCACAUGGAAAAUCCCACAUGACUAAAGUACAAUGCUUUAGUCAUGUACUUUAAAAGGCAAAGACUAAAGUCGUGGCUAAAUUACAAUGCAAGUUGUUUUUCAAUUUUGAGAAAUACCUGUUCUGAAGGUAUUUAAGUUAAAUAAAUAUAGUUUUAUGAACAUGGCAUAGGCUAUAUUAUUAUUAUUAUUAUAGUAUUUAUCUUUUCCCUUUAUUUCAUGAGACCAUCUGCUAUGUCAGCUAAUGUAAUUAAAUGUUAAUUUAGUUUGUAAAAUAAACCCUAAACUUA